UCCCACUCACAGAAAUAACUAGACUUCCCAUUUUCCUUUUUUAAUUGAUGAUUCGGAACUCAAACCCAGGAAUAUGUUUAUUUCUCAGAUAAAUGUGUAUUUAAAUUUUUCAUUCCUAAGUUCUUUGUUUUAUAAACGCUCAGUGUUAUGAAAUACAGAAGUAAAGUAUUUUAGUUUCUGCUGGGAAGGAAAGGCAUCUGAACAUUGAAGCCUUGAUUUGAAAUGCAUUUACCACGUUUGAGAGAUUUGAGGGUCGUGGUCGUGGAUUUGGUUAGUGGAAUGGGCACCGUCUCUUUAAGAGGAGAUGCCUUGGAAUGUUUGUCUUUGUUCUGGGGUCCCUAAGGAGACCACAGUUGGCAGUACCCACCCGUAGUGCCCACCUGGAGGCAGGAAGGCAAGAGCGGUGGAGGGGAGGGCUCGCCGGGAAAGGGGUUGGGAGGGACCCUGGGGGUCAGAGUGUGACGUGUGACGUGUGAAAAGAGCAAUAUUGAGGACCUGUCCAGGAGCAGAGGCCUGUUCGGUGCACAUUCCAAUUAGGCACGUUCUCCGUGGGAACAGUCUUGAGAUGAUCUUUACUGUUCCCUGUGGCCAGUGACGGACAGCAGCAGUGUCGGAGGCCGGGCUGUGCCUGGGGAGCAGGCAGUCCCGUCUGUCAGGCGUUCAGACCUUUGGAGAAGGCGUCGGAGCGUCCGGGGUCGGGGCAGGUUUUCAUCCCAGCACAGUCCUUCCCCUGCGACGGAAUGUGGCGUAAAGGCUGAGUCCGCCUUAGCGUUCGGUGCGCGUGAAGCCUGGCUAGCCUAGAAAAGACUUUUCAAGGUAUGGAUGAGAAGGGGGAUCCGAGCAAUGAGGAGGUGCCCAAGGCCAUCAAACCCACCAGCAAAGAGUUCAGGAAAACGUGGGGCUUUCGAAGGACCACCAUUGCCAAGCGAGAGGGCGCUGGGGAUGCCGACUUAGACGCCCCGGAGCCGCAGCCCCAGCAGCAGCAGAGCCUCUCCUUGCGACGGAGCGGGAGGCAGCCGAAGCGCACGGAGCGGGUGGAAGAGUUUCUCACGACGGUCCGGCGAAGGGGAAGGAAGAAUGCGCCCGUCUCCCUCGAGGAUUCCAGUGAAGCGGCGUCUUGUCCCGUCACAGAUGUGGAGACGGCGUCUGAAGGGAGUGUGGAGAGCACCUCUGAGGGGAAGGGCGGGCCCCCGUCGGGCUCUGCGGGUGAUCCGGAGCCACCGGCUGCCUCCGGGAAGGCCAAAGGAGGUGAGGACGAGGACGACACCUCGGACAGCGACAGUGACGGGUUGACGUUGAAAGAACUUCAGAACCGCCUGCGAAGGCAGCGGGAACAAGAAGCGGCCGAUAGGCCCCCCAAGAGCCGCCUGAGGAAGAAGCGCCGGGAGCAGGAUCCCACACGGACCGUGGACGUGGAGGCGGGCAGCGCCGCGGACGGCGUGCUGCCCCACCAGCAAGAGCCCGAGGCUGAGCGGGGCGCGGCGUCCCAGGCGGAGAGGGACGGCGGAGACAGGGAGCCGGAAGGGAAGGCCGCUCAGGGAGUCGAAGGUGGAGACCCCAGGGAUGUGGGCAGGCAGAAGCCCGAGUGUGAGGCCUAUGAGCCCAAUGCUCUGUACUGCAUCUGUCGUCAGCCACACAACAACAGGUUCAUGAUUUGCUGCGACCGGUGCGAAGAAUGGUUUCAUGGCGACUGCGUGGGCAUCUCCGAGGCCCGGGGACGGCUCCUCGAAAGGAACGGCGAAGACUACAUCUGCCCCAACUGCACCAUCCUGCAGGUGCAGGACGAGACAAACUCGGAGGGCGCAGAGCAGCAGGAGGCCAAGCGCGCGCCCGCGGACAUGGACAGCGCGGACUGCACGAGCAUGGGGACGGUGGAGCAGACGUCCGGCGAAGACCAGGGGAUAAAGGGCAGAAUUGAGAAAGCGGCGAACCCAAGUGGCAAGAAAAAGCUCAAGAUAUUCCAGCCUGCUGCACACGCUUCGAUUUAUUCUUGGUCAGACUUGGAUUCUGUGGAAGAAAAACCGUGUCAGAACACCAAGGUGCAGACACUAGAUUCAGCUCAAGUAGCCGAGGCGCCCGGGGCCGCGAACUGUAUCGGGCCCGGGUGCUCCAGCGCGGCGCAGCCGGACUCGGUUUACUGCAGCAGCGACUGCAUUCUCAAGCACGCCGCGGCCACGAUGAAAUUCCUCAGUUCCGGUAAAGAACAAAAGCCGAAACCUAAAGAGAAGACCAAGACGAAGCCAGAGAAGCUCAUUCUCCCCAAAUGCAGUGUCCAGGCAGGCAUUAGAGUCUCUGCUGUGCACAAGAGACCGGCUCCAGACAAGAAAGAGAACACCGUGAAGAAGGCGCUGGUGGCCCCGUCAAGGAGUGAGGUCCUCGUGAAGGAAGCAGCCAGCGAAGGCACGCCGUCCUGGGCGAGUGACCACAAUUACAAUGCAGUAAAGCCCGAACAGACUGCUGCUCUCUGGCCGCCACUGUUGUAUAAAUCCGCGAAGGAGGACAGGCGGGCAGAGGAGAGGACCGUGGCACCCAAGAGAGUGGCUCCUGUGGGCCCCUCGGCAGGCGGCAGACAACCUGCACCCCGAAAUCUCCUUCCAAAGAAGUCUCCGCCCUUCGCAAACGCAGCAGCAGCCAAAGUGGCCAUCAAAAAGUCACCCUCGGGUUUCAAGGGCCCUGGUCCCAAGCGGCCCUGGCUCUCAACCACGCCCUCCAGCGGCGCUCCCCCUGCCAAGCAGGCAGCCCUGGCACCUGGGGCUGCUGCUUCCAAAAAACUCCCCAGCUCAGCCACGUUGGUGGGGGCCGUCAGGAAGCCGGGGACCGUUUCUGUGCCCUUGGCAUCUCAAGCCCCAGGACGCCUGGGAACCUCGAACCCUGCCCUGUCGCAGCCAAAUUCACAAAUCCGGCAAAAUAUCAGACGCUCCUUGAAGGAGAUUUUAUGGAAAAGAGUCAACGACAGUGACGACUUAGUCAUGACGGAAAGUGAAGUUGGGAAGAUUGCCCUGCACAUCGAGAAGGAGAUGUUUAACCUGUUUCAGGUUACCGACAACCGCUACAAGAGCAGAUACCGCAGCAUCAUGUUCAACCUCAAGGACCCCAAAAACCAGGGACUCUUCCACCGCGUUCUGCGGGAGGAGAUCUCUUCGGCCAAACUGGUGAGAAUGAAGCCGGAGGAGCUGGCGUCUAAGGAGCUUUCCACGUGGAGGGAGCGGCCGGCCAAGCCCGUGCUGGAGUCCAGAAAUAAGCUGCCCAGCGAGAGUAAGAAGACCGCCGUGAAGCAGGAGUCUGUGCCCGACAUGGAGGACUCUCCACCCGUGUCCGACUCGGAUGAGCAGCAGGAGUCCGUGAGGGCCGUGCCAGACCAGAGCGCUGCUCCCCUGCUGGAUGUCUUCAGCAGCAUGCUGAAGGACACCACGGGCCAGCACCGGGCUCAUCUGUUCGAUCUCAACUGUAAGAUCUGCACAGGUCAGGUUCCCUCGUCGGAAGAUGAGCCGGCUCCAAAGAAACAGAAGUUGUCAGCUUCCAAGAAGGAGGAGCCGAAGCCCCAGUACGAGCCUCCGCCCUCUGAGCCUGUCCUUGGCUCCGCUAAUGAAGCGAUGCCAGAAACUCUGCCCGAAAGUGCCUCCGAGCCAGACCUGGAUGGCGCCGCUCACACGCACUUGGAGAGGAAGUACUUCCCCGUGCCGCCAGGAGACAGCCGCCCAGAGCCCUCCGCCCUAGAAGGUCCCUCCUGUCCGGCCACCUGCGGGGGCUCAGUGCUCACCACGGUCACGGUGUCUGGCCGAGACCCCAGGACUGCAUCCAGCGGAUCCUGUACAGUCACGGCCCCUGCAGCAGCCCGCCCCGAUGGUGCCCACCCAGCAGAACCCCGACAAGACGUCCUGAAGCCUGCUGUGACCUCAGUGACGGUGCCCAAGUCCAUACUAGCGAAGCCAUCCUCGUCCCCUGAACCCAGAUACCUCCUGCCGGUGCCACCGGCCCCACGUGUCAGUCUCUCCGAGUCCAGGUCCCCUCCAGAAGGAGAUACAACCCUCUUCUUGUCUCGACUCAGCACCAUUUGGAAAGGAUUUAUUAACAUGCAGAGUGUAGCAAAAUUUGUCACUAAGGCGUAUCCCGUGUCGGGGUGCUGCGACUAUCUCAGUGAGGACCUGCCGGACACGAUUCACAUUGGCGGAAGGAUCACACCCAGAACAGUUUGGGAUUAUGUCGGCAAACUCAAGUCUUCUGUAUCUAAGGAGCUGUGUCUCAUCCGCUUCCACCCGGCGACUGAGGAGGAAGAGGUGGCCUAUAUCUCUCUCUACUCCUAUUUUAGCAGCCGUGGCCGCUUCGGCGUUGUAGCUAAUAACAGCAGGCACGUCAAGGACCUCUACCUGAUCCCACUGAGUGCCAAGGACCCCGUUCCGUCCAAGCUCUUGCCCUUCGAGGGCCCAGGUCUUGAGUCACCGCGUCCCAACAUAAUCCUUGGGUUAGUAAUCUGCCAGAGAAUAAAGCGUCCUUCAGGUGCAGGAGAAUUAGAUAAAGUAGAGGAGAAGCGGACCCGCCCUCAGACCCAGGAAGAGACAGAGGUUUCGGUGUAUCCCAAAGUGUCCGUGGCCCCGCAGCCCGAGAGGAAGCCCCCCAGGUUCCAGGUGGGCUCCGGGGACAUGGCUGUCAGCACCACACCCCCGGGGACUCCUCCACCGCCGCCCCCGCUGCCGGAGCCCCCUGCCGCGUCUGCUUCGUCAUCCGUGCUGAAAAUCCUGUCCUCGCUCAAACCGGGAGCCCCGGGCACCGUGCCCGCAGCGCCCGCCGUGCCGGCUCUUCCGACGGCCGCUCCUUCCGCCAAUCCCUCCACCUCCAAAACAGCGUCACCCCUGGAGCACAUCCUGCAGACGCUGUUUGGGAAGAAGAAGUCUUUCGACCCCCCUGCCAGAGAGCCUGCGGAGUCGGCCCCGGUCUCCCACCCAGACCCCAAAGCCAAGGCCGACGGAGGGCUGCCCGCGGCGCCUUUGCUGGAUCCGAUCGUGCAGCAGUUCGGCCAGCUCUCCAAAGACAGAGCCCUGGAGGACGAGGAAGAUGACCGACCCUACGACCCCGAAGAGGAGUACGGUCCCGAGAGAGCCUUCGGCGCGCAGCUCGAGCGAGGGAGGCGCCCCGACGCGGAGAAGGCCCCCGAGACCGCCGAGCGGGAGGAGGUGGCCUACGACCCGGAGGAUGAGACCAUUUUAGAAGAAGCCACAGUGGCCAUCGACGACCUGCCCAACCGGAUGUGUGCGGACGGGAAGGGCGGCGCGGCGGACAGGCCCGCUGAGCCGGCGGCCCCCGGGGCGGCCCCCUCCCUGGUGGAGCAGCAGCAGAUGAUCGAGGAGCUCAACAAGCAGAUCGAGGAGCAGAAGAGGCAGGUGGCGGAGCAGGAGGCAGCGCUGCGGCAGCAGAGGGCGGCCGUGGGCGUCUCCAUGGCGCACUUCUCCGUGGCCGACGCACUCAUGUCGCCGCCCCCAAAGGCCUCCCUGCCUCAGGCCGAGCUGUUCCCGCAAGAGCAGCCGCCCGCGGGCCGCCCGGCCACGCUCCCCGGUGCCCCUCCCGCGGCAGGCCCCGGCUGCGACCCGCGGCAGAGUCGGGACCCGCGGCAGGCCCGGCGGCUGGCCGCGGAGCAGUGCGAGAGCGAAGCCGGCUCCAGGCCCCCCGCAGCCCGGGAGGACGGCGCGGAGGCUGCCUUGCCCGCCAAGCCAGAUGGCCCCAAGCACGAGCCCUCCGCGAGCCCGGUGGUGCCGCCUGCGGAGGGCGGCCCUCCGUCGGCGGGCUCGGGCAGCGCGCCCAGACCUGCCCGCAGGGUGCUGCUGCCCACGCCCCCCAGCUCCGCCUUCCAGCCGGGCUUCCCUCUGCCGAGCGACGCGCCGAGUUUUCCCUCCCCGGGAGCGAGGGACCCUUUCUCAGCUCCAGUGUGUGCCGCUCAGGAAAAGUACGAGGAUCCGAGAAAUGCUCAGUUUGCUGAAAAAGGUGACCCCCCUGCGGUUGAAGCCGAAGGAGACAGACCCGGUGAGGGGGCCGCCACGUUCCCCUCAGCUGGACAGAGAGGAGGGGCCCCUCUGCCCCCAACUCAGGGCCAGCGUGAGCCAGCGCCACGCACGUUUGGGACAGCGGGGCUUCAUGGCCCCAGUUUCUCAGGACCAAGGGGGCCAGCCCCUCCGUUUUCUGAAGAGAAUAUUGUUUCUAAUAGCGAUGGGCCGCGAGGGCCUCCCCCGGCCAGAUUCGGGGCCCAAAAGGGGCCCAUCCCUUCCUUGUUCUCAGGGCCACAUGGGCCCCCUCCCUAUGGGGACAGCAGGGGCCCCUCCCCUUCCCACCUUGGGGGACCCAGAGGAUCAGCACCACCCCAGUUUGAGGAGCGAAAGGACCCCCACGGGGAGAAGAGAGAAUUCCAGGACAGCCCGUACGAUGAGCUGGCCGGCCCUGCCCCUCAGUUUGAAGGAGCAGAACAAUCCCAGUUUGUGGGAGGUCGAGGCGCGGCGUUCCAGUUUGGAGGCCAGAGAAGGCCUCUGCUGUCACAGUUUAAAGGACCCCGAGGGGGUCCUCCUCCCUCUCAGUUUGGCGGUCAGCGGGGGCCUCCCCCCGGCCACUUUGUGGGCCCGAGGGGGCCGCAUCCCAAUCAGUUUGAAGGACCCAGAGGCCAAGCGCCAAAUUUCAUGCCAGGACCCAGGGGGGUUCAGCCUCAGCCAUUCGAGGAGCAGAGGGUGAGCUCACCCCCGAGGUUUGCCAACCCCCGCGCGCCCGCACCCCUCCCGUUCGGCGGACCGAGGGGGUCUGUGCCCUUUCCCGAGAAGAGCGAGCCCGCGCCCCCCCGCUUCCACUUCCAGGGCCCGCCGGCGCCGGGGCUGAAGGCAGCCCCCCGGCCGCUGCUGGAGCUGCCCAGUCACCCGCCGCCACACAGGCCCGAGCGCUGGGACGAGGCGCCCGCGCAGGGCCCUGAGCCCGAGUUCCGAGAGGCCAAGGGCCACGACUACAGGAGCCCGGCCUUCGAAGGGCGGUCGAGGGAGCGGUUCGAAGCGGGGCCCAAAGAAAAGCCUCUGGACGAGCCGGAAGCCGCGCCCGAGAGCCGGCCCGGCCGGGCCCUGGACGAGCGCCGGCGAGAGCGAGGGCGGCGCUGGAGCCGGGAGCGGGACUGGGAAAGGGGCCACGAGCGCGGCCGGCACCGCGACAAGGACGCCGGCCGCGAGUGGGACCGGAGCCGGGAGCGCGGCGCGGACCGGGAGCGGGGGCGGGAUCCGGAGCGGGCGUCCGAGUGGGGCCGGAGCCGCGAGCGCAGCCGCAACCGGGAGCGGGAGCGCCGGCGGGAGCGGGAGCGGGAGCGCUCUCGCAGCAGGGAGCGCGGCCGGGACGGGACCCGCGAGCACGGCCGGGAGCGCAAGGACCGCAGCAAGAGCAAGGAGGGCGCCCGGGACCCGAGAGCGGACGCCCCGCGGGCCGCCACCCCCGCGGGGCAGAACUAGCGGCCGGCGCGCCUCCCCGCAGCGCCCUCGGGGAGAGCCGGCCUGGGACGCAGAGUAGAACCCCCUGCGCUUCGAAGGGACUGCGGCUUUGCGUACAGUGGUUUCUUACAAAAUUCCACAUCUUACAACUCAGAUGCUUUUUAAAAUCUAAGAACUCGGUAUUUCCAUUUAAAACUGCUGGAAUGGGAAUGUGUCUACAGAAGCAUAUUGCUUUCUCGGAUUAUAGAGUUAUCUUUUCCAAUAACUUGAUUAUAGUACAUUUUAAGGGACUUUCCGUGGACCUUGGAGCCAUAGCUGUACCGAGAUCUGCUCUGAACAGAUCCGGGUCUGUUUCUGAAAGCUGCUGUCACAGGCCGGCUGGCACCGAAGCCGAAGCCGGGAGAAGGCCUUCUGCUCCUCCCGCGGUGUGCGGAAAGACAGAGCUUUACAAAUGCGUUUUUCUUUUGUCACGAGGAAAUUUGAAUUACAAAUUUCAACCAGGAAACAAAACAUUUCUUAGUUUUGCUGGUUUUGUAGAUCACCUUAUACAUUUUUUUUCUCAAAGACAGGAUUAAAAGCAACAUCUGUCCAAGUAGAAACUGUUGCAUUUUUUAAAUAGCAAUUUAUUGAAAAAGGUGUAACCUUUACCAGCCUAAAAAAGGUGAGAAAAGAAGCCAAUUAAGUGUUCUUUAAAACGGGGGUGGGGGUGGGGGUUGACUUUGAUUUGCAUAAUCAGGAGCAUUUUUGUUUGUGAGGCGACAUCCCCACAGCCCUUCCUGUGGCCCAGGGAAAGUGCGCCCGCCCCAGGCUGCUGCCCUGUCCGUGAUGCGCUGUAAAGUCUGUCCUUGAGAGUGGGACGGUGUUUGUGUGACGUCUGAGACGGAGGACGGUGACGUGCUGUCGCUCCACGACGGCAGAGAAGCUGCUCCUUGUCGCGCAUCGUCCAGUCCUUCCGAAGGGGAAAGCAGAGACACCCUUGCUAAUUUAUUUGACUGUACAAAUAAAUACACUUUGAUAAUUUUUUUAUAUUUUCAUAAACUUACUUUUGCAACUGUAACAUUAGAGAAUUUCAUUCAUUCUUUGGAGUCUCCUCCAUUGUACGUCACUACGGAUUUUUCACUUUCUAGCACAAACGUUCAAAUGGUAAGAACGACACGGAGAACUUGGUGACUCGUGUGACCGGUCCCAGACCCCGUGUCAGUAUGUUAAAUUGCAUUGAAGCGGCGUCAAGCUCCAACAUCUAUACGAUGUGAAGGGUUUUUUACAUGUAAAAGAAAUUUUUCUAAUUUAAAUACACAAAUGUAAAAAUCAAGUGUGUUUCUUUAGGUUUACUUGAUAGAAAUUUCUGUAAAUUGUAUUUUAUAUUGCAAAGUGUGAUAUCACUGUACAUUAAAACAUGCAGCUCCGUAGGUUUGUUACUCGAGGUAGAAUAAACGUCUACAGAAGGU